AUGAAGGCUUAUCUUAAAGCUCUUAGUCUAUGGGAAACAAUUGAAAGUGAAGAUGAUCUUCUUCCACUUGGACCAAAUCCAACCGUUGCACAAAUGAAUAUUUAUAAAGAUGAGAAGUCAAAUUCAAAAGUGGUGGAGAAGAUAAUGAUAUGCCUACCAGCAAUGUUUGAGUCUAUGAUUUUAGCAAUAGAAGAAUCUUUUGAUCUGAAGACCUUAUUGGUAGCGGAAUUGAUCAGAAGCAAUGAAGCUAUGCUGAAUCAGUUCAUGCGAGAAAUGGAGACCAAGUUUGAAAUGUCAGAUUUAGGUGAAAUGAGUUACUUACUGGGAAUGCAAAUUCAUCAACCUAUUGAUAGAAUCUUUACUUCUCAGAGAAAAUAUGCAUGGGAUAUUCUUAAAAGGUUAAAGAUGGAAAGGUGCAAGCGUGUACCGAUUCCACUAGUUCACAAUGAAAAGAUUUUAAAUUUUGAAGGAGGUGACAGGGUUGAUCCAAGCGUUUAUAGAAGUCUGAUUGGUAGUUUGAUGUAUUUCACAGCAACAAGACCUGAUCUCAUUUUCGCGGCAAGUCUUUUGUCAAGGUUUAUGGAAGCUCCAAGUGAAGUUCAUCUUGGUGUUGCUAAACAAACGUUGAGAUAUAUCAAAGGAACUGUUGAUUAUGGUAUUUGGUUAAAAAAGGAAGAGCAAGGGAAACUAAUAGGUAAUUCAGAUAGGGAUUGGGCAGGAAGCGUUGAUGAUAUGAAAAGAACUUUUGGAUAUGCCUUGACACUUGGUUCAGACAUCUUCUUGUGGAAUUCAAAGAAGCACAAGGUGGUAGCUAAAUCUUCUGCAGAAGCAGAUCGCCGCUGCUAG